UGGAGAUCGAAUUAAGCCAUUCCCAACCGGGUGGAGCUAACAUCGGCCCCAAUCGGCUAGGCAGUGGUGCCAGCCCUCUCCAGGUCGCGGCCAGGGGGUAGCCGAAGAAAUCUCGCCACCCCGGGAACAAUAGUCCUGAUGGCGCAGUACUUUACCCGGCUUUUCUGAAAUACUGGCCCAGUACCUACCAACUACUUUUUCACAGUUCCUAUCUCCCUCCCCCAGUGUUAUCUAGAGGAUCUGCUCUCACUUCUCGUUUCCUUCACUACUCUAAAAGCUCUUCAUUCGUUCAAACCCUUACCCUCAUUGCUUGCCUAAUCUUUCGCUCGUCUGCCCCUGAUUGAAGGACCCUGGGAAGGAGUAGCUGAAGGGAAGCUGACCACCUGCUUCAAAAAUGAAUACGACGUCGUUUUCAACCCCGGAAUCCUACUGGGGCCAAUUUGAAGAAAUUUCCAAAUAUAACACACAUCUCAAUGUCGUUGAACGGCUCUGGACAGCAUGGUACGCCUGGAUGCAGAACGAUGUUCUUGCGACUGGUAUCAUGUCAUUUAUGAUGCAUGAACUUGUCUAUUUUGGACGCUCGCUGCCAUGGAUCUUCAUAGACAGUAUGGGCUUUUUCAAGGGUUAUAAAAUUCAAAGUAACAAAGUUCCGUCCUUGCGUGAACAAUGGGACUGUGCCAAGUUCGUGCUAUUAAGCCAUUUCACCGUUGAGUUGCCUCAAAUCUGGCUUUUCCAUCCCAUGGCCCAAUUCUUCGGCCUCUCAACUUCCGUCCCAUUUCCUUCGAUCUGGACCAUGGCCUAUCAGAUCGCUAUAUUCUUCGUCCUCGAAGACACGUGGCACUACUUUUCUCAUCGCGCUCUUCACUGGGGACCACUUUACAAAGGCAUCCACAAAAUUCACCACCAGUACUCAGCGCCCUUUGGUAUGGCUGCGGAAUACGCCUCGCCUAUUGAAGUCAUGAUCCUAGGAUUUGGCACGGUUGGCUGUCCCAUUCUGUGGUGUGCGUUGACCGGGGACUUGCAUAUCUUCACCAUGUACAUCUGGAUUGUCUUGCGCCUGUUCCAGGCAAUAGAUGCACACAGUGGCUAUGAAUUCCCUUGGAGUCUCCACCAUUUCCUCCCCUUCUGGGCUGGGGCCGAUCACCAUGAUCUGCAUCAUGAGAAGUUCGUUGGCAAUUAUUCCAGCAGCUUCAGGUGGUGGGACUAUAUGUUGGAUACCGAGUAUUCUCCAGAGGCGAUCAAGCGCAGAAGACAAACGAAACUUUCUGGGGAUAUGAAGAAGGGCCAAUGAU